AGUGCAGAUGUGUUCUAUCAGCCCACACAGGGGAUGGCCUUCCACACAGCAUCACUACCAACAGUAUCUCUGCACAUGUGGGUUGUGAGACAGCAGAGCUCCAGUGGAGAGAGUGUGUUAGCCUGAGUCGGGGCCCGGGGCCUACUGCAGGAGUUCUACACGCAUCCAAGUCUUGCCUUAUCCAGCCCAAUCCAGCCAUUUUCUGACCUGCCAAGCCCAGCCGAACCCAGCACAGCCCGAUCAAGCUCUGCACAGCCCAGCCAUGGAUGCCCUGUCCUCCCUGAGCUCCUCAACCUCCUGCCCCUACCUGUACCUCUGGAGUAGCAACAUCACCAACAACAGCAGUAGAAGCAGUAUUAGCAACAAUGUGAUCCUGGAGCACUACAACCACACAGGGCGCCUGCAGCACCGCGCGCCCCGCCAAGGUGGCCUGAGCUUGGGAGCGUUCCUCUCCCUCUUCAUCAGCAUCCUCAUCAUCCUGGAGAACCUGCUGGUCCUGGUGGCCGUGCUCUCAAGGAUCCGCAACAGCCACCGCUGGGUCUACGUGUGCAUCGCCAACAUCACCCUCAGCGACUUGCUGGCCGGGGCGGCCUACGUGGUCAACAUCUGCAUGUCUGGCAGCCAGACGUUCAGACUGAGCGCAGCUCUGUGGCUGUUCAGGGAAGGGGUGAUGUUUGUGACCUUGGCUGCCUCUAUCUUCAGCCUGCUGCUGAUAGCAGUGGAGCGCUACACCACUAUGAUGAAGCCACUGCACCAGAAGUCAGCCAGGAAGACAUGUCGUAUCUACGUCCUGGUGGCGCUGUGCUGGAUCCUGGCCUUCGCCAUCGGCUUCCUCCCCCUGCUGGGAUGGAACUGCGUGUGCAGCCUGGAGAGCUGCUCCACCCUGCUGCCGCUCUACUCCAAGAGCUACAUCUUCUUCUCUCUGCUCAUCUUCUCCCUCAUCCUGCUGGCCAUCGGCGUGCUCUACGGCGCCAUCUACUGCCACGUGCGCAGCAGCGCCAAGGUGGGAUCCCAGCGCAGCCGCAAGCGAUCCCUGGGGCUCCUGAAGACGGUAAUCUCCAUCGUGGGUGUGUUCAUCAUGUGCUGGGGCCCUCUGUUCGCCCUGCUGCUCCUGGACUUUUUCUGUGUGUCGCGGCAGUGCGCGCCCCUCUUCAGUGCCGACUGGGUCAUUGCUCUGGCCGUGCUCAACUCUGCUCUGAACCCUGUCAUCUACGCCCUGGGUAGCACAGAGCUGAGGAAGGCCAUCGCAGGGCUGCUGUGCUGCUGCUGCCUUAGGGCAGGCCUCUGUCACCCUGAUGCCUUCGUGUCCAAGGAGACCAGCAGCACGGGGAGCACCAGGCAUAGUAGCCUGAGGAACAGUUUCAAUAAGGUCAGGAGUUUCAGUAUCAGCCCCCCGCCUGCACCCAAGGCCCCCAAGAAGAGCCGCCUCAGCUCCACCACCAGCUGCCUGUCUGUGUCGAGCGGUUAGACCACAAAGGGCUGCCUGGGGCAGACGUAGAUGUGAAAGAGAGCUCUCUUUGUGUGUGUCUGUGUGUGUCUGUGUGGGUCUGUGUGGGUCUGUGUGCGGGUGUUGGAAUUUAGAGAAAGCCCGCUAGCACAAGGGUAGUAGAAACAGGGUAGUAGAACAUGUAUCUCAUUUGCACAACUAUGAAGAUACAGCCUUGUUACAGCCUAGAUACAAGCAUGAUACAGCCAUGAAGAAACAGCCUAGAUACAAGCAUGAUACAACUAUGAAGAUACAGCCUACAUACAACCAUGAUGCAACAUGAUACAGCCAUGAUACAGCCAUGAUACAACUUUAAAGAUACAGCCAUGAUACAACCAUGAUACAGCCUUGAUACAGCCUUGAUACAACUAUGAAGAUACAGCCUUGAUACAGCCACAAUACAACCAUGAUACAGCUUUGAUACAAGGCUAACGGUUUUCUCUGUUAUUAGUUUUGUAAUUUUUUUGCCUUGACAUCAGAUCAGGACCUGGCACAUGCUGAUUAAAGUUUAUUUCAUGUUAUGCAUUACAAAAAAAAAUGUAAAGAGUUGUUUAAGAUUUCUUAAAGAAGAAGCAUUAUAGAAGCUUUAUUUUGUUUCACUGUUUGAGACUCAAAACAGAUUACCUGUUUCUGUCAUUUAGGUCUAUAUGCUGUGUGCACUUUUUCAGUGCUUUCAUUCUACUACUAGAAAUGAGAUUUAAAAAUCUAUUUUUGUCUUUAGAUCUUUUUGAGAAUACAAUAAGAUUUAUACAUAGAUACAAAGACAUACACUAAAUGACCAAAAGUAUGUGGACACCUGCUCGCAAUGCCGACGCUUGCCAUUGCGCGUGGUGAUCUUAGGCUUUUCUGCAGCUGCUCGACCAUGGAAACCCAUUUCAUGAAGCUCCCGAUAAACAGUUAUUGUGCUGACAUUGCUUUCAGAGGCAGUUUGGAACUCGUAGUGAGGUAUUGCAACCAAGGACAGACGAUUUUUAAACGCUACGCGCUUCAACACUCUUCGGCCCUAUUCUGUGUACUUGUGUGGCCUACCACUUAGCGGCUGAGCCGUUGUUGCUCUUAGAAAUUUCCACUUCACAAUAACAGCACUUUAUAGUUGACCGGGGCAGCUCCAACAGGGCAGAAAUUUGGUGAAUUGACUUGUUGGAAAGGUGGCAUCCUUUGACAGUACCACAUUGAAAGUCACUGAGCUCUUCAGUAAGGCCAUGCUACUGUCAAUGUUUGUCUAUGGAGAUUGCAUGGCUGUGUGCUUGAUUUUAUACACCUGUCAGGAACGGGUGUGGCUGAAAUAGCCAAAUCCACUCAUUUGAAGGCGUGUCCACAUACUUUUGUAUAUAUAGUGUAUGUAUUGUACAAAACUGUAGAGUUUUAUUCAUUUUUUUGAUGGUCACAGUACAUUUUAUUUCAAAAAAGUUUUUCAUUGUAAGAAUAUACAUUUGUUGAAGGCUUUACUAUUGCUGUUACUGUGUAGGAGGAUGAUAUUGCUAUUAUC